UAGCCAAUAAGGAAAGCCUGUCCCUAACGUUGGGAAGGUGACGGUUCCGCCUGGAAGACAGAAGACUGUGGCUCCACCACUUAAAAAGUUGUCGGCAAAAGUUGAAGUGGGAAAUUUCGUCUGUUUUUUUUUUAAGUCUGAGGUGGAUUUGUCACGUCGUGACUAUGAACCUGUAUGGUUUCAACUCGUCGUUGUAGAAUAAACCGAUGUCAGAUGUCCGUCUCCAUGUCUAGUCUGGAGAGCCCGGGGUCCUCUGCGUUUACCUUUGAGUCCUCGGUGCACAGCUGUCACGUGCUGCGUUGCCUGGACGACCAGCGGAGGCGUGACCUGCUGUGUGACAUCACAGUGGUGGUGGAAGGGAGGAGCUUCAGGGCCCAUCGCUCUGUGCUGGCUUCCUGCAGUAAAUACUUCACACACAAGGUCUCGUCUCACGCGGGCCCAGGGCUCGUCAUCACCCUGCCUCAGGAGGUGACGGUGAGUGGCUUUAAGCCUCUGCUGCAGUUUGCCUACACAUCCAAGCUGCUCUUCACUAAAGAUACCGUCGUGGAGAUCCGACACUGUGCCUCUAUUCUGGGUUUUAGAGAUCUGGACUCGGCCUGUUUUGACUUCCUCCUGCCCAAGUUCUUCAGCAGCCGUACGUCCUCCUUCCAGAGGAAGACCUGCUGUAAGACACGGUGUAGGAGACAGUCCCCCAGGGCAGAGCUUAGUGUCAUAGACGCUAACAAGGAUGUCUUGGAUAAUGACAAAGGACUCCGGGUGGUUUCUGAUUCGCCCGUUGAACAGGAUGUGGGUGGAGCCUCCUGCCAAAGCAGCCAACCAACAAAUGGCGCGACAGGAUGUAGAAGCGAAACACACGCCCUUCUUCCUGAAGUCAAUAUCCAAUCAGACGCCCAGACUGACUACUCCAUGCGGUGCCCCAAGUCCUGUAAGUUCCAGCUGGCUUGUGGGAAGGACAGUGUGUGUCUGGAGGUCUGCAACCAGGAAACAACCCUUGAUUCUCCAGUGGUCACUGAGGAGGGCUGCCCUCUUCCUCAGUCCCGGUCCCGGUCCUGUCUACCUCGCUCCAGUAGUAGGGGCUGUAAGGAGGGUCCUGCAGUGGAGAUCUCUGGAGAGAACUCCUCUCAUUACGCACAGACACAGACUAACCAGGCAGGACAUGGGGAGGUUGAGGAGAGGAAAGGAGAGGAGGAUGGGGAGAACGUAGACAAGCAUGAGAGGGUAGGAGAGGUAGAAGAGAGGAGGAGAGAAGCAGAGAAGGCCUCUGGAGUCGGCUGCUUUAGAUCUCCACCCGUGGAGGUUUCCAGUGUCAGCUGUGAACAGAGCCCAGGGUUGGAUGAGGGGACAGUGGGUACUGCUUCACACCGAUGCCCCCUUGAGGAACCUGGGCUUGAGGAACCUGGGCUUGAGGAACCUGGGCUUGAGGAACCUGGGCUUGAGGAACCUGGGCUUGAGGAACCUGGGCUUGGCCAUCAGAGCCCUGGAGGUGUGGGGGAAGGAGGUUGUGUUCUAGGUGAUAGAGGGCUCCAUGAAAGGUUAGAUCCAGCUGUCUCCAUCCCCAGACAGCAAAAGACAGAACAGGAGCAGGGAGGGAGAGGAGAGGAAGAGAGGAGAAAGAUGGAUAGACAUAAGGAACAGGGAGGAAGAGGACAGGGAGAGGAAGGAAGGAGAAAGAUGGAUAGAGAUAAGGAACAGGGAGGAAGAGGACAGGGAGAGGAAGGAAGGAGAAAGAUGGAUAGAGAUAAGGAACAGGGAGGAAGAGGACAGGGAGAGGAAGGAAGGAGAAAGAUGGAUAGAGAUAAGGAACAGGGAGGAAGAGGAGAGGAAGAGAGGAGAGAGAGCGGAUGGAAAGAGAGAAGCAGCAUGGAGACGGAGGUGGCUGAACACUUGGCCCAUGGUCUUUGGUCAGACCUCUCCUCUAUUCCUCCUUCCCUCCUCCAGGACUCCCUACCUGAGACUGGGCCUGAGAACAUCCAGGGCAGCAGCUCCACCUUGAACCCCCGGAGCAUGAGCCCCAAGUUGGACUGGCUGAACCAGCUGCACCUCACCUCCAGCACCGGGGACUGUCCUUUCCUCCAUGGCCUGGACAGAGGGAUGGAAAUGGGGAUGGAUAGUGGGACAGACAGGGAGAUGGACAGAGGGACAGGGUCAGGGGAUGCCCAGCUGCCGGGCUGUGAGGGGUCAUCCCAGUCAGAGAAGAGUCCCUGUGUGUCCUCUCUGACUUCUGGGGAUGAUGGAGACUCAGACGGCUUCGAUACGGAGGGAGACAGUGAGUCCUGCUCCUACAGCCAGAAGGCUAGGGAGUUACAGCUCCCAUUCCCCGUCGUUCAGAUUUUGGCGUUGAGCAAGAAUGACUUUCAGCUGAUGUUGAAGCACCAGACUCUGACCAGAGAACAGCUGGACUUCGUCCACGACGUCCGACGCAGGAGUAAGAACCGCAGCGCAGCUCAGCGCUGUCGAAAGAGGAAACUGGACUGUAUACACAACCUGGAGUGUGAGAUCGACAGACUGAGGACAGAGAAGGACCGGCUCAUGGCCGAGAGGACCAAUCUGAUCCAGAUGAAACUGAAGACUUGGCAAAGUGUGUCUGAACUGUGUCAGAGGGUCUGCAGCGAGUCCGCCCUGAGUCCCGAACAACUCCAGGUCCUAGCCUCCCCAUAUUGCCCUCUCUCUGCUCUCAUCUCCCCCACAGACCCAGCCUCCCCUGGGCUAGGGGGACCACUACAGCCCCUGGCUUCUCUCUCGGCCUGCUCCUCAGCCUCAGAACCCCUAGAAUCUUAGACCAGCUGUCCCAAGGACACACCCAUAGAGGAGGAGCUAUCAGGUGAUUGGACAGACCCUCAGGUACAUACCUGUGAACAGGUGACUGAUACCCUGCCCAUGGAACAGUGUGACCAACAAAGGUGUCAGUCCGGACACCUGUAGCGACCACCAUCAUCUUCAUCACCACCAUCAUAAUCUUCAUCACCAUCAUCAUCACCAUCACCAUCAUAAUCUUCAUCACCAUCAUAAUCUUCAUCACCAUCAUCAUCACCACCACCACCAUCAUCA